UCCUGCCACAUCUUGUACCCUACUUGUUGUUCUCAGUCACAUUCAUAUCAUUUCCAUAUACCUCAAACUGCACCACUGAUUUUGUUACUGGCUUAGGAGCUUGCGUGACAGGAUUAGCUCUAGAUUUAGCUACCCACAUCUGCCUAGGCUUAACCUUAACAAGAGCCAAUUCAUAUUUCUUUCUCCUACAAUACUCCAGUGUAUGGCCAAUAUCUCUACAGUCCCCACAAUAAAUUGGCUUACAUUCAUAACCGACCUUCUCAUUCAUCGUAAUCCCCUUCUCAAUAACAAACUCAAUUUCCUUUGGCAUAUUCAAUGAUAUCUAUUUUUUAUGUAGUUGUUCCGUCAAUACGAAUUGGUUUACCAAUUAGACUAGAAAUUUUGUUUAGAGCCACUUGUCCCCAAUACUUCGAUGAUAAACAUGGCAAUGUUAUCCAAGUUGGCACCACCUUAACAGUUUCAGCUAAGAGAUCCAAAUCAAGAUGCUAGCUCUUCAUAAUCACUGGUUUUUUUUAUCAAACAUAAUAGGUCCAGCAUCUAGAGCUUUUUGUUUUCCCUCCAUAUUUCGAAAUCUAACCACAAAAACUCUAUUAUUACUCAUAACAAUCCUCUCAACACCAUAUUUACACCAAAUUCUACGUAUAAAUCCAUUAACAAUACUAUAUGUAGGCUUUAUACCUAACACAUAGCAAACAAUCAACGACUCCCAAAAUUCAAUCUCCUCAUUGACAUCCUCCUCCAGAAUGACAACCUCAGCAGUUACUUCCUUCACAUUUGCAUCAUUAUUCACCUGAGUCAAAUCUAUACCCUCCUCUCUAAUAUUAGCAAACAGGUUUUGCCUCCAGUUCACAUUAUUACCAGUAUUAUGUCGAGUAGUACUUGCUAAAUGUUGCAUAGGAUGAUGUGAAGGAUUCGCCUGAUUUGUUGACUGUCUCAAUGAAGUUCGAAUUGAUGCAAUCCAAUUAUCAACUUGAGUUCUAGCCUAAAGAAAAUUGGAUCUAUCCAGCUCUGAAUCAUUUAAAUCCGCUGAUGCAAGUGAUUCAUCAUCUCCAGCUUAGAGCAGCAGCAUCUCCAAUUUCAUUCAUGAUUUUCUGUUUCUUCGCAUCAAUUAUUUGAGGCAUUGGUGGUGGAAUCAUAACAUUGCUUGUGACUGGGUUUUUCCUGCAUUGGCAACAUGGGAAAAGAGAACUCAAGAAAAUGCGACAAGAACUUUUUCGGCAAAAUGGUGGCUUGCUUUUGCAUCAAAAACUCUCUGGACAAGAUGAUGAUAUUCUUAAAAUAUUCACUAUGGAAGAUCUUGAAAAAGCUACCAAUAAUUAUAGCAACAUUAAUAUAAUUGGACGAGGAGGGAUUGGCAUUGUUUACAGGGGAACUAUGCCAAAUAAUCAACUUGUAGCAAUAAAGAAAUCCAUCAAGGUGGAUCCCAAACAAGCUGAGCAAUUCGUCAAUGAAGUUCUUGUAUUGUCAAAAAUCAACAAUAGAAAUGUGGUUAAGUUAUUAGGUUGUUGUCUAGAAGAUGAAGUACCAUUAUUGGUGUACGAAUUCAUUAGCAAUGGGACCUUAUAUGAGCACUUACAUGAAGCAGUAAGGCCAUCGAUUUUAACGUGGCAUAUACGCUUAAAGAUAGCAUUAGAUGUUGCUGAUGUGUUGUGUUAUCUACAUAACACAAUCUCACCAAAGAUCAUUCAUAGAGAUAUGAAGUCGAUGAACAUAAUGUUAGAUGAAAGUUACACUGCUAAAGUAACAGACUUUGGAGCUUCUAGGUUGCUUCCAUUGGACCAAGGUCAAUUAGCUACGAUGGUAAUAGGCACUUGGGGGUACUUGGAUCCCGAAUAUAUGCAAACGAGUGAUCUAACGGAAAAGAGUGAUGUUUAUAGUUUCGGUGUUGUCUUGGUGGAGCUGUUGACAAGGAAAAAGGCGAUUUCUAAUUUUAGAUCGGAAACUGAGAAAUGUCUCGCGAUGCACUUUCUUCUAAAGAUGAAAGAAGGCUGCUUGUUGGACAUUCUUGACAAAAACAUAGUGAAUGAGGAUACUAUUGAGGAAAUACAACAAGUAGCUAAUCUAGCCAAAGGGUGUUUGAUGUUAAAAGGAGAAGAUAGGCCUACCAUGAAAGAAGUUUCAAUUGAGCUAGAGACAAUUAAAAGAAAGGGAUCACAUCCGUGGAAUAACAACGACGCACAAUUUCAAGAAGAUUGUCAAUUGUUGCUUGGAGGAAAUACAGGAUCAGAUGUUGAUGGUUGUAAUAAUGGCAUUGACUCAGACUUGUAUGAUCCACAUUCACCUUUUGGAAGUGGCAGGUAAUUGGAAAACUAAAGUGUUUUUUUUUUUAUAAACUAUCAAGUGAUGAUAUAAUUUGAAGUCCAUGCAUGAUAAGUGUGUACAUCUUUAGAUUUUAUGUUUUCGUGCAAAAACGUGUGUAAUAUACAUCCUCUCUGACCUCUUAUGUGAUAGAAAAUCAUUGGAAACUAGUGUCUUAUUUGUAUAAUUUCUAAUAAGUAGUUGGUUAAGUUUAAUUUGUAAUAGCAUGUGGAAACAAUCCAAGCAACUUUACAACUUGUUACUUUAAUUUAUGUGCUAUUAUUAUUAAUUAAUUAAACUAUCUUGUGGUAAUAAAGUUUAGCUCAACCAGUCAACCUCUUACCGUGGUACUGAAUUAUCCUACAUUCCAAUGUAAUUUUAUACACUUAUACUGUUCUUGUUCCUCCAUAUAAGCUCAUGUGAGAGUGGAAAGAAAAUCA